GGGGCCUCCUUCCCGCUGGGGCUCCUGGGAAGAUUCUACAAUAUUCUAGAGUUUGCGAGGGCGCCUGGUGAAUGGGGCCUCAGCUCUGGAGCGUAAGGGAGUGUGACCCUCUCACUUACUGGCGGGAAGAACGAUAAAUUUUUGAGACAAGAAGAAUGGCAUCCAGAAUAAAUACCAGUUUCACUUUGAUUCCCAACCAGAAACAUAGACGUAGUAAUCAUCAAACCAGCUGUUACUCCAAGACUCUUGGCUCAGGCUUUCAACCCAUAUCAACAUUUGGAAAUUUUAAAGCCUUACCAUUGGAAAUAUUCCAAAUAAUUUUAAAAUAUUUGUCAGUGAAGGAUAUCAGCAUGCUAAGCAUGGUGUCUAAAACAGUCAGCCACCAUAUUGUUAAUUAUAUAUCAACCUCAUCAGGACGCAAAAGACUUCUACUACAGGACUUUCAUAACCUUGAGCUGCCUGGCAGGAGACAAGACUCUGCUAUACUGGAGCACUACAGAUCUCUAGGUCUACUGUUUAAAAGAUGCACAUUGCUGUUACCCACCAAGGAAAGGCUAAAGUACAUUCACAAGAUACUCACAGAAGUUUCCUGCUUUAAAUUCAGUGGCUGUGCAGCUCCUAUGCAGUGUUUAGGAUUCACAUGUUAUGGCAUGUUUUUACAGACCUUAACAGCAGGUUGGGAUGAACUUGAGUGCCAUCGCGUUUAUAAUUUCUUAUGCGAACUGACCAAUCUCUGCCGCAAGAUGCAAAUGGUUGUCUGCAGCAAACCAGGAAGUGCCCGAAAACUGGAAUUAAGGAUCAGACUCUUCUGUAGGAAUGUCCUGCUUGAUCAUUGGACACAUCAAAAUGAUUCUGCUUUUUGGUUGACACGAAUAUUAAAACCAUGGCCAAUGGUGAACCAGGCAAGAUUACUGUACAUCAUCUUUGGGCCAAUAUCUCCUCAGGAUGGACAGGUGAUUUGGCAGAAAAUGAUAGAAGAACCUGCAGAUGAAUUCAAUCUGAAAGGUUUGGCUGAUGCCAUUAAGUUAUUAUAUGACUCUGGCACUAAAGAGUGGACAGCAGAUGAUGUCAUCAGUCUUGUAGAUGAACUAUCAGUGGUUCCCCAUGAGUGGCUUCUAGAGAAUAAUGCACGUCUCCUAAUGCUAACUGGAAACAACAUCUGUCUCACUUUCAUGGCUAGUAAAGCUGUGAAUGGACGGGCCAUUGAACUGGCAAGGUUCAUAGUCUUUUUGGCUUUGGUGUGUGAGAAAGAACUAUACUGCAUGGAUUGGACAGUUAAAAUGAUGCAAAGAGUCUGUAAAAUCUUUAGCACUCCAGUGGAAAGAAAUAACUUCCUACAGAAUGUGGCAAAUGCAUUUGCAUGUAUUACAAUGGAAAUGCUGCAAUCAAUCAUGUCUGGAGAUCGUGAUCAAGAUGACAGAAGCUUCUUGAAUUUGUUCCAUCUUGUACAUGCUCAGGCUAACUUCCAUAAGGAGGUUCUAUAUUUGACCAUGAAUACUCCUCUGUCUACCUAAAUACUCAGAAAGCCUUGCCUUUAGAGAACCUCACUGAACUAAUGAUUAGAGGACUGCUGCUUUUUCACUCAAAAAAUAGCAUCCAUGGGACUUUUUUCAUCUAAGUCACCUAAGAAUUCAAAAGCUGCAUAGAAUUUUAGAAGCAACUACUUACAUCAUUAUUAAUAUAAAAAUAACAGGCAAAAUCAAGAAUGUACUGAGAUUUCUCUGGAAAACAGCUCUGCCUCUUCAGGUUUUGGUCAACCUACCACCAAGCCAAAGUAGAAUGUUAAUUGUCCAAGAAUCUGGGACCAGCCAACCUCUACGUGUGAAUCUUUGAAGCAAGAAAAAAUUCCAUUUUAUCGUUAGACCCAAAUUCACUAAAUAGUAUGUAUGUUCACUUUGCUUAAGUUGUAUAGACAUAGCCCAGAAUGUUUUGUGAAGAUUUGCAAUAUGGCAUUUGGAAUGUGUAGAAUAUAAAUCACAGUUUUUACCACCUUCUUGGCGUAUGCUUACAAAGAACAUUAUAUUUUGUUCAUGUUUUACAUGAACAAAUGGAUAAUAAAGUAUAUGUGUGUGUCUAUAUAGAUAUCUAUCUUUAUAGAUCUAGAUAUCUAUAUAGAUAUCUAUAUCUUUAUAGAUCUAGAUAUCUAUAUAGACACACACAGAGGCAUAUAUUUUCUUCUUUAAGAUGAAUCAUAUAAAAGGUCUAUACAUACAGGAAGGCAUAUAUUGUCUCAAUACAAUCAAAUCAUCUUUUACUGGGGAUUCAAAUAAAAUGUAGCAAACGAGAAAAAUAAAAUGAAAGAAAAUAGCUAUUCUGCUGCCAGCAUCUUCACAAAUAGUUUUUACUUCUUCCUAAAGCUUUUCUCCCUACCUUAAAAAGUGAAAUUUGGCUGGGUGCAAUGGCUCACGCCUGUAAUCCCAACAAUUUUGGAGGCUGAGGCAGGAGGCUCCCUUGAAUCCAGGAGUUGGAGGCUGCAGUGAGUUAUGAUUGCACCAUUGCACUCCAGCCUGGCAACAGAGUGAGACCCUGUUUCUAAAACCAAACAAACAAAAACAAGGUUUGGUGAAGGAAACUAAAAGGAUGGCUGGUUUACAGCAGCCCAUGAGAGAGUGAAGGUUCAGUUCUCUUCACUCAAUUAUAUAGAUUCCAAGAAGCUGCAGGACUAUUUCAGUCUGACUAGUCACUGCUGCUCUUACUUUUACUAUUAAAAUAGAUAAUAAUAGUUCUUGACAGGGCUGAAAUAAUGCUGGAGUCCUCCUGGGUCUCUCAUCCCAUUUUUUGCUCAUUGGGUUUGAGCACUUUACACCUGAAGACACAUUGCUUCCUCCUGCACUUCUGAAAGGCUGGCUUUCUUUACCCAAGCUCUUGAUUUAACUCAACUUUGGAGCUGAUGAAGGGAAGAAACACUAGAAAAUAUGGAAAGUAUCUGUAGAAGUAGGGUAUAAAUUGUGGGAAAUUUGCAAAUGUUUGGUAAGAGGGACUUGGUGAGAGAUGAAUAGGACUGAGGAAGAGUGAAAAUUGUGGAGAAAAUAGAAAUUGUGAUAACAAGAUUUUACUGUAUCUCAGUAGCAAAGGCACUUACCUUCAUUUCUGGAGGGUGAGAAGCUAACUGUCUUUCUUAGAUGGAUUUUCCAACUGCAAUUCCAUUGGUGGCAGGAAUUUUUUCUCUAGUUUGUCAUUUGCAUAUUUAUGCAAAAAUAAAGUUCUUGCUUUUAGCCUGGUUUUAUUUUCUUCUUCUCAAUUUAAGAAUUGACCCUCAGUUGAAUUAUAAAUGGAGCUGAAUUAUAAAGAUUAA